GAUGUGCCCCUGCUACCUUGUACAGAUGCCUCACCAACUGACUGGAUACCUUAUAAUGAUAGGGUUAAAUUCAAGACUGCAGAAUUCCUAUUUACAUACAACCAGAUGUCUGCCAAACAAAUUGACAAACUACUUAACUUAUGGGCCAUGACUCUGAUAAAAUAUAAUGACACUCCCUCUUUUGCUAAUCACAAGGACAUGUACACUACCAUUGAUGUGAUGUCACUUGGCAAUAUC